CAGCAGCUUCAUCUCAGUCCCUCGAUCCAUCAUCGCUCUUCUGCCUUGCUGCAGCUCCCCAUUCCUUUUCUUUCUUGCUUCUGUACCAACACCCUUCUUCGACUCUUGUAUUUUGUGAGACUUCUUUCCGAACUAUCCCCAGAGCAACCAAGCACCUUCCACCCUCUCUGCAACCAUGGACACACUCGUUGCCCAAUACACUCAGUCUCCCUUUGCCAAUGAAGGCUUCACAUCAGAAGACCAGAAUGAUUACUGCGAGACCCUCCCUCCGCUUUCCCUCAAGUUCGCCCUACCGCCCGUCCCGCGACCCUCUGCCUUUCUGCGAGCAGCGACAGACGACUACUCCAACCCGAAUUGCCCGAUCAAGAUUGCUCAUGGUACCACCACCCUAGCUUUCCGAUUCAAAGGUGGAAUUAUCGUCGCAACCGAUUCAAGAGCCACCGCUGGAAACUGGAUUGCCUCGCAAACAGUCAAGAAGGUCAUUGAGAUUAACCCGAUGUUGCUGGGGACCAUGGCUGGUGGAGCUGCCGACUGCCAAUACUGGCUUGCUUACCUUGGCGUUCAAUGUCGAUUACAUGAACUUCACCAUAAGCGACGCAUCUCAGUUGCUGCAGCCUCCAAGAUCCUGGCGAACCUAGUGUAUUCUUAUAAGGGAAUGGGAUUGUCAAUGGGAACCAUGAUUACGGGUGUGACACCCCAAGAGGGGCCCGCUCUCUACUACAUUGACUCGGACGGUACACGGUUGGCAGGCAACCUCUUCUGCGUUGGAUCAGGUCAAACUUUUGCUUAUGGUGUUUUGGAUGCUCUCUACAAAUACGAUCUGGAAGAUGACGAGGCCCUGGAGCUGGGCAGACGGAGUAUUCUGGCAGCCACCCACCGAGAUGCCUACUCCGGUGGUUACAUCAACCUCUACCAUGUCAAGGAGGAUGGUUGGGUCAAGCAUGGUUUCUCCGACACGAACCCUAUCUUCUGGGAAACUAAACUGCAGAAGGGCGAGUUUUCCAACGUCACAAGCGAGUUAAUUUGAGGAGGUGCCGUGAAGUGAAAAGGGGCACUUGCAUUUUCGCUGCCGGGCGUUGGACUGGGGCGGAUGGAACUGUAUCAACAUACUGAAUCAGUGUGUACUAGAAGGCUUUUCCAAGGCUUUUCACCCAGUGUAUUACAAAUGCUGGGAAUGAGAAUAAGGUGAUUAUGCAACUAGGGGCCAGUCUCGUGGACUUCCGGCGUGUGCUGGAUGGUGCCGUAUCGCAGUUCCGCUCUCGAACUUGGGCGCUCGAGCUCUGUUUCUAUGGGAUAGAUCCGAUCCCUGAGAGAGUCUUUGCUCCUAGUCUAGCUACUGUUUGCCCGUUCCCGUCAGUACACUUUCCAGGCGACGCUGUUCGUCCGUGUUCA